UCAAUCAGCUGUUUUAAUUUGUUUUUGUCGCAAAAAAUGAUAUAACACGGGAUUGUUUUGUUUAUUAUUAACAAAAAUAUUUAAUUAAAAUAAGUAAUUAAUUAGUGUUUAUGUAGAAUGUUUACAACGCAGCGAUAUAAUUUAAUAAUACGUAAGAUUUUGUUCACAAGAGCUGCUCAAAAUGCAAACAUAUCUACGGGAAGUGCAACAUACAAUCCUAAUUAUUAUGAAGCCCUGGGUAUUUCAAAGAACUCGACUCAGGGAGAAAUAAAAGCAGCCUACUACAGGUUGUCCAUGUUAUAUCAUCCAGACAAAAAUCAGGGUAGCGAGAGUGCAGCCAUAAAGUUUCGUGAAAUAACUCAGGCUUAUGAAGUUCUUGGAAAUUUUCGAUUGCGCAGAUUGUAUGAUAAAGGUAUAAUACAUACGGCGGGUUCACAGUAUGCUCAAGCAACUGAGGAAACUAUUAGAAAAGAACCAGAAGUCGAAGACGACCCAUCAACAAAAUUUUAUAAAUCACGCUUUACAAAAUCAAAGGUCUCCGACAGUGAGGGUCGUACGCCUAUUUACAAUUUUGAUGAGUGGUCAAAAGCUCACUAUGGAAAAUCAUUCGAACGACGGAAAGCGGCUAAAGCAAAAUACGAACGUACCGAAGCUCAAGCAAAGGAACACGCUUUAAUAGCACAGAAUGAAAUUUUACUAUUUGGCAUUGCCUUUGUUUGUGUACUUGUUUACCUCAAGUUUAUGGUGGAAUCAUCCUAUGAUACUCCUAAGGAAAGGGCAAAAAAGGCUUCUGAAGAUAAGCGAAAAGAAAAAGAAGAAUCAGUUUAGCUUAUGUAUUAGUUUUACGUAGAAAAUUGUAAAUAAUUUAUUAUUAUUUGUUGUUGUAGUAGAAGGACAUGCUGAUGUGCUAUGUAUUUUAAACAUAAAAAAGUAAAUUUAUUAUAACAAUGA